UCUCGCCGCUCUCUGCGGAGUGUGCCUGCGCGAGCCGGCGAGCGGCGCGCGGGCGGCCCGAGCCUCGGCGGCGGCGGCGACGACGGCGGCGGCGGCGGCGCUGACACCUCCCACCAUGGACAGCUUCGACUUAGCCCUGCUCCAGGAAUGGGACCUCGAGUCGCUGUGGGGUGAAGACAUCUUAAACCAGAGGAGUGACUCUCUAGUUGUGGAAUUUCAGUCGUCAGCCAGCAGAUGCAGGAGGUAUUAUGUUGGUGUCUAUGAACCAGAUAGAAACGUGUUACGGAGGAAAGAACGAGAAAGAAGAAAUCAGGAAACUCAGCAGGAUGAUGGCGCGUUUAGUUCAAGUUACUCCCUCUUUAGUGAACCCUACAAGACUAACAAGGGGGAUGAGCUCUCCAACCGGCUCCAGAACACUUUAGGCAAUUACGAUGAAAUGAAAGACUUUUUAACGGAUAGAUCGAAUCAGAGUCAUCUCGUUGGCGUUCCCAAACCUGGGGUUCCUCAGGCUCCCGUGAACAAGAUUGACGAGCAUUUUGUUGCAGAUUCGAGAGCCCAGACCCAGCCUGCAUCCGUCUGCAGCACCACGUCCUCCACCCCAGCAGUGGUCCCUGGGCAGCAGAGUAAGAGGGGCACCGUGGGCUGGCAGAAGGCCGGGCACCCACCGUCCGAUGGCCAACAGAGAGCAACGCAACAGGGCUCUCUCAGGACCUUGCUUGGAGAUGGUGUUGGCAGACAGCAGCCGCGGACCAAACAGGUGUGCAACGUCGAGGUGGGUCUUCAGACCCAGGACAGGCCACCUGCUAUGGGAGCCAAGCACAGCGGCAGUGGCCACUGUGUUCAGAACUUUCCUCCAUCCCUGGCUUCAAAACCUAGCCUCGUCCAGCAGAAACCGACUGCCUAUGUGCGACCGAUGGACGGCCAAGAUCAGGCUCCCGAUGAGUCUCCGAAGCUGAAGUCGUCCACAGAGACCAGCGUGCACUGUGCGUCAUACAGGGGAGCCUCGGGCACCAAGCCAGAGUCCGCCAGAGCCAAGGCCAAGCUUUCCAAGUUCAGCAUCCCCAAACAAGGAGAGGAGAGUAGAUCUGGAGAAACCAACAGCUGUGUUGAAGAAAUAAUUCGGGAGAUGACCUGGCUUCCACCACUUUCAGCUAUUCCAGCACCUGGAAGUGAACCUAGCAAAUUUCCAUUUCCAAAUAAGGACUCUCAGCUCACUUCCUCGGGACACAGUAAUCCAAAGAAAGGUGAUGCUGAGACAGGAAGUCCAGACAAUGGCACAUCGAAUACAUCAAUGCUAGAAGAUGACCUUAAGCUAAGUAGCGAUGAAGAGGAGAAUGAACAGCAGGCAGCCCAGAGAACGGCUCUCCACGCUCUGUCUGACAGUGCCGGGCUCCCGCAGGCCAACUGCAGGCCCUCCGUGCCCUCCAGCAAGGGCAGCAGCAGCGGUAGCAGCAGCAGCGGGAGCAGUUCCUCCAGCGACUCGGAGAGCAGCUCGGGAUCUGACUCAGAGAGCGAGAGCAGCUCCAGCGAGAGUGAGGGCAGCAAGCCUCCCCACUACUCCAGCCCGGAGGCCGAACCAGCGUCCUCUAACAAGUGGCAGCUGGAUAAAUGGCUAAACAAAGUUAAUCCCCACAAGCCUCCUAUCCUGAUCCAAAAUGAAAGCCACGGGCCGGAGAGCAAUCAAUACUACACCCCGGUGAAGGACGAAGCGCCAGACUGCGGGAAGCUUCCCGACAACGUCUGCCCGACCAGCCUGAGAGACAAGGACAUCAAGAGCGCCUGCAAGGAGGAGCAGAGGCCGAGGACCGCGAACAAGGCCCCGGGGAACAAAGGGGUGAAGCAGAAGUCCCCGCCCGCGGCCGUGGCCGUGGCCGUGGCCGUGACCGCCGCCAACGCCCCGCCGCCCACGGUGGCAGGUGCGCCCGCCGAGAGCGCGCCUGCGCCUGCCCGGAGGUCCGCGGGCAAGAAACCCACCCGGCGCACCGAGAGGACCUCGGCCGGCGACAAUGGCCACCGGCCCGAGGAGCCCGCAGCCGCGGACGCGCUGGGGGCGAGCGCGGGGAUCCCCCCGGAGCCCCCCAAGCCCCGGCCCUGCGGCAACAGUAGGACCAGCCACCGGAAGGAGCUGCGCUCGGCCGUAACCUGCGAGAAGCGCCGCACGCGGGGGCUGAGCCGGAUCGUCCCCAAAUCCAAGGAGUUCAUCGAGACGGAGUCGUCCUCGUCGUCCUCCUCCUCGGACUCGGACCUGGAGUCGGAACAGGAGGACUUCCCUCUGUCCAAGGCCACUGCCGCCUCCGGGAACGACCCGAGGCUGAAGGAGGCUGCCAACAGCAUCAGCGGGGGCGGCCCCCGGGCCUCUGUGGGCUCUAUCAAUGCCAGGACCACCAGCGACAUCGCCAAGGAGCUGGAGGAGCAGUUCUACACACUGGUCCCCUUCGGCCGCAAUGAACUUCUCUCCCCGUUGAAGGACAGUGACGAGGUCAGGUCACUCUGGGUCAAGAUUGACCUGACCCUUCUGUCCAGGAUCCCAGAACACCUGCCCCAGGAGCCGGGGGUCUUGAGCGCUCCCGCGGCCAAGGACACUGAAAGCGCGCCCCCGAGCCACGCAUCCGAUGCGCCCGCAGAAAAGGCUUUGCCAAAAUCCAAGAGGAAACGCAAGUGUGACAACGAAGAAGACUACAGGGAGAUCAAGAAGGCUCAGGGAGAGAAGGAGAGCUCUUCACGACUCACUGCCUCUGCCAACAGUACUUUGUCCGCAAACCAUUGCAACGUGAAUGUCAACAGCUUGGCCAUCCCAAUAAAUAAAAAUGAAAAAAUGCUCCGGUCACCCACCUCACCCCUCUCCGACGCAUCUAAACACAAAUACUCCGGCGAGGACCUGACUUCCCCCAGCAGAUCCAACAGCAAUGGUUUGUUCACUUCCGCCUCCUCCAACAAAAAGCAUAAGGCUGAGAACCAGCUGCAGACCCAUGGUGGAGACCUCACGAAAGCGGCUCACAACAAUUCUGAAAACAACGUUCUCCACAAGUCACGGCCACAGACAGAGCCAUGGUCUCCAGGCGCCAACGGCCACAGGGACUGCAAGAGGCAGAAACUCAUCUUCGAUGACAUGCCACGCAGUGCAGAUUAUUUUAUGCAAGAAGCUAAGCGAAUGAAGCAUAAAGCAGAUGCAAUGGUGGAAAAGUUUGGAAAGGCUCUGAACUAUGCCGAAGCAGCCUUGUCAUUCAUUGAGUGUGGAAAUGCAAUGGAGCAGGGCCCAAUGGAAUCCAAAUCUCCUUAUACAAUGUAUUCAGAAACAGUUGAGCUCAUCAGAUAUGCUAUGAGACUAAAAACCCACUCAGGCCCCAAUGCCACACCAGAGGAUAAACAGCUGGCUGCAUUAUGUUACCGAUGCCUGGCUCUCCUGUACUGGCGGAUGUUUCGACUCAAAAGGGAUCACGCUGUAAAGUAUUCAAAAGCACUUAUCGACUAUUUCAAGAAUUCAUCUAAAGCUGCCCAAGCCCCAUCUCCGUGGGGGGCCAGUGGAAAGAGCACUGGCACCCCAUCCCCCAUGUCUCCCAACCCCUCCCCCACCAGCUCCGUGGGCUCUCAGGGGAGCCUCUCCAAUGGGAACGCCCUGUCCCCGUCAACCAUCGUCAGCAUCCCACAGCGCAUCCACCAGAUGGCAGCCAACCACGUCAGCAUCACCAACAGCAUUCUGCACAGCUAUGACUACUGGGAGAUGGCGGACAACCUGGCCAAGGAGAACAGAGAAUUCUUCAAUGACCUGGACCUGCUCAUGGGGCCAGUCACCCUGCACAGCAGCAUGGAGCACCUGGUCCAGUACUCCCAGCAGGGCCUGCACUGGCUGCGGAACAGCACCCACCUGACAUAGGGACCCCGCCUUCGGGCUGGAGGGCACUCUUGUCUUCACGGACGGCUCAACAUUUCUGGACACUGUGCUCCUGAAGUUCCCAGCCACAGCAUUUCUCAAACGGCGGUGAAUAUUUUCUCAGCAUUGAACAAUGGUCUUUUCUCCCAGGGCAUGUGCGUUUGUAUGUGUGGGUGUAGAAAAGCUGCCUGUGUAAGUGUGUAAGAUACACAGCUCUUUAGAACACGUUUUCUUUGUCUAGUUUCCAUACUCCCAGGCUAGACAAAGUGAUCAGACGUUUCUGAUUAGAGAAAACACACUUACACACACACACACACACAUACACACACACACACACUUUCUAGUUCAAAGCUAAACCGUGACUUCUUAGAACAUUCAACGAAAAUCUCAUGGGUUAGUGAACCAGGUGCAAUACAGCACACCAAAAGCUUGACUGCCAGUUAAGAUGAUCUUAGUUCUUAUACUUUUGAUUACUUUCAGUAUUAAUAUACUCUCCCCCAAUUAUUAUUUUUUUGAUUGUGUGUAUUAAUGGGUAAUUGAAUAAUGAAAAUAAGUCAGUUAUUUUUGUGCUGGACGUUUACUAGAUUGCAUGUUACCAAAUACCCUGCCUUUUGUCUAGUACCUGCCCCUUCCAGCCAACUUUACCGUCAACUAAACGUGUUAGAAAACAAGUGAAUUGACUCCCACGGGCCUUCCCUGCCCUGCCCCCCAAAACAGUAUGACCAUGACGCUGAGAGCUGGUAAAACCUCAGUGUCUUUGAAACUUCACCAACAUGAAAGCAGCAACAACUGCUUCUGGGGGCUCAGUGAGUAACUGAAAUCUUCUGCACACGCCAGGAGCCCGCCCGGCACAUGUGCUUCUUCUUCCUGCCACUGUGACCCAGGGGCUGUGGAGCCACAUGGUGUCUGUUGGCCGAUAUUUUUCUAGUCUUUUCUUUCCAUGAUAGCUUUCUUACCAGUUUUCUUGGCCUGAUGAGGACAUUACCUAGGAUGUCCCUUCACUCGGAUCUGUUUCUGUUGCUUAUCAGGUCAAGAACUAUUUGCUAUCAUGAUUCUAUCUAAUCCUCUCACUCUUGGAGAAAGUGCCACUGCGGGCCUUGAAUGCAUUUUGAUCUGGGCGAUGUGUUUCAGGCUUUGAUUAGCAAGCUGCUUACUCUACAGAAUAAGUUAUUCCUGCAAGGAUCGCGGUUCUGUCUGGGGUAGCAACGACCAGUCUGGUAUGUUUCCGUCUUGCCCUUGAUUCUUUUCUUUUUUUUUUUUUAAAUUAAGUUUACAUUUUAGUUUUUUUGACAUCUUUGUUUACAGUUUUUGUCUGAAAUUUAUUUCUUUUAUUGUCUCUCGUCAUACCCUAGAUUUGGUCUUCUUAUUAAAUAUAUUUGGAUAUAAAAAUAUUGGUUAAAAAAAAAAAGAAAAACUCCUGGAAAAGAGGAUAUACUCCCUAUACUUUAAAAACAAAAAUAAUGACCUUGAGGCCUCUCACUUGACAAAAUUGCCCCAAGAUGGCCUGAGAAAGGUGAUGUGAUGUGUGGAACAAUCCAUUUUUCAAGGUGAUGGUAACACAAAACGUUUAUAACAGAUACUGAUGGUCUUAUUGGUUUGGUUGCAAUGUUAAUAUCUUUGUCAGCCUGAUCUGUAGGUGGGAAAUAAGAUUGCUGUCAUUCCCUAGCUCUAAGCACUGAUUUAAAACCUUACAAAUGAUUGAAUAGCUUUGGUGAUUUGAAAUUCAUUUAAAUGAACAAGUGAAGGCUUUGUGCAAUUUGCAUUUGAUGUUGGCCUUCAAGCAUCUGGAAAUAUUAACAGUACUUCUUUUUUACAUUUAUUCAACUGAGGUGCUUCUGACAUUCCUUUCACUAAUUGUUGCUAGAGUUCCCAAUCCCACUGGAGUCUAACUUAAGAAAUUUUGAAUUUUUUUUUUUUUUUGGAAGACUGAGGCUUAGUUGUACUCACUCCUGCUGAAUUCUGAUGAAAUGUUCAGACUCUCACAUAAAGGGAUGGCCCCCAGGGUCCAUGGUGCAUCCCUGGGGUGCUUUUCUGGUCUUGCCCACCUUUCAGUCUCAGGCCUCGUGGUGGUGUUCACGUGAUGCGCUCACCUGUGAAACCCAUUUAAACACACAGGUGGCCUCUGGCUAGUUGUGCCAGCAGCACCACAUCAGCACUCGGUGAGCCGCGUUUCCAACAAAACGUGAAACUGGUCAUUUGGGGGCCGUCACAGCACGCCAUUCUCAGUGUCUUUUGUUUCAUUGGUAGAGCAUGUUGGGGGGGCAGUGGUGGCAGUGGUUUUUCCUUGCUUUGGCAUUGAUGCUUUUGAUAAGGAAGCAUCUUCUGAUUGUUGCUGGUUUCUUUUAGUUAGCUUUGUUCAAAGUAGAAAUAUCUUUCUUGUGUUUUCUGGUUAUGAAAGUCAUACAUGCUCAUGGUAGAAAUUUGAACAAUACAGAGAAGUAUAAAGUAGGAAGUAUUCAGUCCCAUUCCCCAGAGACAACACUGCUCAUCCUUUUCCUGUAUAUCCUUCUAGAGAGUCUCCCAUUUGAACGUAGAAUGUCUAUCAUCAUUUUUUUCUAUUUGAAGACAUUAUUUCAUCAGAAGUUCAGUACAAGUUCAACUGGCCUUAUCCCUCCAUGACCUGAACGGACCUGGGUCACAAUUGUUAGAGUUAUCUUUGAAAGAGAGGAACCCAAAUAUAUUCCUGAUCAAAAUGUGGGAUUUGUUACCAUUCGACACAGAUCAGACUAAUGUGGAGAAUUGUGCUUGGAAAGAGAGGUUUGGUUAAAACACAUUUCUGGAAACUUUCAAAUCACAAAGGGAAACUCGGACCCACUGUCUAAAGAGGAAUGUACUGGAAAAAAAAAAUCUGAAGAGUUGACAAAUUGUGUACUAGAUUGAACACAUGGAAUCAAUGCAAUGAGCCUUCUGCACUAAAACGUACCCUCGUAUCUGCAACAAUGAUGUGUGUAUUAUAUAACAGUGAUGUGUACAUUUCUGACAUCCCAUACAUAAUACACAGUUUGUAUAAAUGCAUACGUUUAAAAAUAUAUAUGUACAAUACAGCUAACAUAAAACUGUAGUACGCCUGAAGGAUAUGACUAGUGCCUAAUAUUGAGUAUAAGUCACUACGUGUUCAAAUCACCUCAGAAGUGCAGUAAUUGUUAUCAAAUUAAUCAGUGCAGCCAACCUUAUUUAUGAACCACAUCUUUGAAACUGUGCAGUAGUAUAUACAUAUAUAUUUUUAAAUAACAUUUUUCACAGUUUUCCAGAGUUACUGUUGAAAUCUGUAUCACCAAAAAAAAAAAAAAAAAAAAGCAAGAUUUUUUUAAAUGAUG